GUCAAGUUUAUCUGCUCUGUUGUUACAGCAUUGCGCACAAGGAGGGACCAGAGAGACAGCAUGGAGGAGGAUCUCCAGAGGAUGGCAGAGGGUGGAACAGCAGCAUGCAUUAAUGGAGAAGUGGAUGAAAGUGGAGAGAGCGUUUUUGGAAAGGAUCCUUUAUAUGCUGACUCCAGGUGUGUUAACAAUGCCUUAUCGUCUGGUGACACAUUCACGCAGGAGGAGGGAGGUCUGGGGUCAGAAACCUAUCAAGAUGCUGUGACCGUCGACAGCAGUGACCCAGUGAUCAUUACAGACAAACUGAAAAAUCCUGCCAUUGAAAAACUAGAACAAGUACGCAAAUGGAGCAUCAGUACAUACAAGUGCACAAGGCAGAUUCUGUCGGAGCGUUUGGGCCGUGGUUCGCGGACAGUGGAUCUGGAUCUGGAGGCUCGUAUUGAGACGCUGCGUGACCUGCGCAGUCGCUACGCGCAUGUCACCAAACUUGCGCAGACCCUCGCCUCACAGACUGCACAGGUCUCACAGACACAGAGGCUUCUGGGAGACGCCUUUGCCGACCUCAGCCUGAAAACUCCCCAGCUACAUGAGGAGUUUGGUUUUAAUGCAGACACUCAGAAGUUCCUGUCCAAAAACGGAGAGACAUUAUUGGCUGCUAUAAACUCUUUCAUAGCCGGCAUGAACACGCUAGUAAACCAAACUAUAGAAGACACCAUGGUGAAUGUCAAACAAUAUGAGAGCGCCAGGGUGGAGUAUGAUGCAUACCGCAUAGAUCUUGAGGAGCUGAACCUUGGCCCCCGUGAUGAUGUCACUCUGCCCAAAAUUGAGCGAGCCCAGAAACUGUACCAGGAACAUAGACAGAAAUAUGAGAAGAUGAGAGAUGAUCUGUUCAUCAAACUCAAACUGCUGGAGGAGAACAGGGUGAAGGUUCUUCAGAAGCAGCUGAUUCUGUUACACAGUGCCAUUGCCGCGUAUUAUGCAGGAAAUCAGCAGAAACUGGAACAGACCCUUGAAGAGUUCCACAUACGACUGAAAGCCCCUGGUGCCAGUGUACCAUCCUGGCUGGAGGACUGUUAAAUUUCAGUUGC